UAUCCCGCCGUGUUGCUGGUCAGAACGUUGCUCUGAGCAACGGCAACAGUACCAGCAACGUUAGCCGUGUGACACCGCGAAGCCACAUGGAGCAGGAAAAGCGUAUGCGGCGAGAAAUCGCCAACAGCAAUGAACGUCGUCGGAUGCAAAGUAUUAACGCCGGUUUUCAGUCGCUGAGGACGUUGCUGCCGCAUCACGAGGGCGAGAAACUUUCUAAGGCUGCGAUACUUCAGCAGACUGCCGAAUACAUAUACCAGCUGGAGCAAGAGAAGACCCAGCUGUUGUCACAGAACUGUCAAUUGAAGCGACUGGUGAAUCAGCACGAGGGUGGCGAUGUUCCGAUCAAGAAACGCAAGCCGGACAAUCAAGGAGGUGUGGUGGUUAGUCUGCCAAUGCACGUCAGCGAAAGCGGCGACGAAGGAUUGGGCAGCAUGUCCCCUGAACCAUUGUCGGUAAUAACAGUGACCACAGAGGGACAUUCUGUGGUUAACAGUGAGGUGGUAGAACUGAGACGACAGUUAGAGAGGGAGCGUCACGCAAGGUUGCACCUAGAGAAGCAGAUGAGGGCAAUACAGAGUCAACUGUACCCGGAAAGAUUUAGGGAUAAUCAGCUGAUCACUUAUCAGCCUCAGGUAAUCGAACACACAGACAACGUGAUCGCUCAGGAGACAGAGGAAGCUGUCGCCGCGCUUCAGGUAGUUUCCGUGGUGUCCUUGGCACCGGUUGGCGCGACGCAAACCGUGGAAACGUCUAGUCCGGACCCAAGUUCACCACCCCUGUCUCCGCAGCCCGCCGACAUGGUACCAGUGAUCAAGCAGGAAGAGGCUCCUGGAUCGCCGAAGAUCGUGACGUUCAGUCAGAAUCAGGUGUUCUCCGCGAUCGAGGAACAAACGACUGAAGAUUCGUUCUCCUCGCCGAGUCGCGUUACCUACACCACGAAUACAGGGGAAUUCAAGAAUACGUCGCCCCAGUACAUCACCACCAGCCCUAGCAGGCCAUUCUCGCCGGCCGCGGAACCGCAACGGUUACCCAGCGUCCUCGAGGCAGCGAUGAAAGCGGAACCGAAGGUUGAAGUUGAGAGGUUGCCAUCACCGUCGAACACCCUGGACGACGGUUCCCCGCAGGCGAGGCUCUAUCUGGCGAACACCUCCCGACAGAAUCUGGAAACGAUCGUUGAAGCGAUACGUCACCUCGAAGGGGACCAUCUGUUCAGCGACGAGCCAGCGCAGGACAUGCCGCUGGCGUUGACUAACAAACAAACGGCGAACAACACGUCGGGCAAAUCGUCGACGACGUCGAGCGGCACAGCAUCGGCGACAGCGAAGCAACGGCUACUGCAUGCCGAGUUCCUUCAGUUUCACAGACAGCAGCAGACCCAGCAGCGGCCCGGCGUGAUCGUUGUGAAGCCUUCGUGAUCGAAAGGCGUGUCGCGAUCAGCAAACUGAACGCGCACGUUCGCCACGGCGAGCUCGCCUCCGCUCGAGACUAACGAACAAUCCAAUA